UAUUCGCACAUCAUCUCUAUCCAGCUCUACUCCCUGAACUGGAGCGCAUAAUUUUCUCCCCUCCUUCCCAACAGUUAUCCAAGGAUACCUAUCCACGAACACUUUUGACCUUCAAACUAGUCCACUAAACAGCAGCCUAUUGCCUCAUUCAGUAACCGCAUUCACCCGAAUAUCCUACUGCUCUCCUGACCGCCUGUGCACCGUUCCGGGGGAGCGCACAUAUUGCAGGCAGUGGAAAACAGAUACAUCCCUCGAUAGCGCAGCAUAUGUUCUCAUGCGCCUGAAGGUAGAAGCUGGCGAUGCGGUUUCCCUCGGCUUGAUUUGGAGCCUUUUGCUGCGGGGUGUUUGACAUUGCACCCAUACAUUUGAGGGUGAUCCGCUAGUGACUACGACGAUGGCGGAGAAGACAGUCAAUACAGCGUCCAGCGCCUUGACAGCCGAAGGAUUGACUCCACCGUCAGUUGCGGAGAAGAGACCCCGAAGCAACAGCCAUGGCUCCCCAGCCCAUGUUGUACUUCAUCCAGGGAGCCCAGCUGUGAAAAACAACGAGGUGCUGAGCCCAGCAUUGGUCAUAGAGAAGAAGCUCCAGCUCAAUGGGCUCCCCUCCCCUUUACGUCUGCCAGGCAACAACACUAACAAUCAUGCAGGUAAACAGUAUGUGGAAGGGUAUCUGAGGACAGAUGACAGGGUGCGUUUAGCCAAAGAGAGACGUGAGGAAAGAGAUAAAGGUUUAGCGGUACGAGAGCAGGCGAUCAUGGAGAAGGAGCGGCGGGCUCAGCUGCAGUAUGAGCGUACCGUGGAGGAGCGCUGGAGGAAGCUGGAGGAACAGAGACAGAAGGAGGAGCUCCGCAGAGCUGCUGUGGAGGAGAAGAGGAGACAGAGGCUGGAGGAGGAAAAGGAGCGACUGGACGCUCUGAUGAAACGCUCCCUGGAACGCAGCCUGCAGCUAGAGCAAAGGCCCAAACGCUGGACAUGGGGCGGAGCUGGAGGAGCACAGGGUGACUGUGAGAAUGCCCCUCUCCCCGCCUCCACCUUUCCCCAUGAACUCGCCGCCCCCUUUCCUGCUGCCAGCGAAUCCGCUCCCUGCAGCCCCCACAGGUCACCCUAUCAGGGCUCGCCAAGCCGGGCUAAUCGACGGAGGCUCCAGGGCUCUCCAGAGGAGUCAGCAGGGGGGUCUAUCUCCACCCCUCAAACCCCCAAGAAGGAGAGGUUGCGCAGAGAGAGAAGGACUGGCUCCCCGGCGACAGGCUCCCCUGUGAGAAGAGCAGAAUCCCCAGCCAUGUUCACCAGACGCUCAGCCUCCCCCGCCACCCCCAAGUUGUUGCCUAAGAGCUGUACCCAGUCUCCCUGCACUGUGCGCCAGUACCACUCUUCUCCCAUCAGGCACAGACCCACCACCCCGGUUGCCGACGGCAACAAGAAGGAGGACGGACAAGUUGAAGAAGCCAAAGGGCACAACAACAUCAGUGACAGAAAUGUCUCCAAGCCAGAGACCCCUGUGAAAAAGAUGUCUGAUAUUCAGAGCCCUGAGAAGUCUUCUCAAGCCGACACCGCUGAAAAAAAACUGUCUAACACUGAGACCCCAGAAAAGAGAUUCCCAAAAACUGAGACCCCCAGUAAGAACUUCAAAGGUGAGAUUUCUGAAAAGAAGGACAACCCUGAUAAGAAGAGUCCUAUGGCUGAGACUGCUGAUAGGAAAGCCUCCAAAAUAGACACUCCAGACAAGAAGAUGCCAAAGUCCGCCUGCAGCGACCUGAAUACAGAUAACAGCACAGAGCCAUCGUCAGUGACGCCAACAGGAAAAGGAAUUGCUGGAACGACAAGCGCAGAGGAAGCAUCUAGACUGCUAGCGGAGCGUAGGCGUCUGGCCAGGGUGCAGAAGGAGCUGGAGGAGAAACAACGUCGUGAGCAGGAGGAGGAUGAGCGGCUGAAGGCGGAGCAGCUGAGGAGUAGACAGGCAGAGGAGCGAGCACGGCAGGAGGAGGAGGCUCGACGGGCUGAGGAGGAGAGGAGCAGACAGGAGGACCUCCGUAGGACGUGGGAGGAAGAGGAGAAACUACAGCGGGAGGGCCAGGAUAAGGAGCUACAGGUCAAGAUGGACAGAGAGAAGGAGGAGGCCGAGUUACAGGCACAGAAGGAUGUGGAACGUCAGCGUCAGGAGAGAGAGAUACUCAAGCUACAACAAGAAGAGGAGAGACAUCUGCGGAAGAAGAGAAUUGAGGAGAUAAUGAAGAGAACGAGGAAGAGUGAUGAGAACCAGGCUGAGAUGAAGCAGAAUGAGGAGGAAGGGCAGGUGGAUACUCUGCCUCAGCCUGUCUCACCACCAGGGGAAAUGCAAAUGAACUCAAAGAUGAAGAUUGAAACUAAUGUUCAGGUGAAUGUGCAAGAAAACCCAAAGGUUGAGUCUCAGGUUAAUGGACAGGUCACUGUUCAUGUCAACAAGCAGGACAGUGUCCUGGUGAAGGGACAAGCCACCUACCAGGUAACCCCACUGAAGACUGAUCUGCAAAAGGUACAGGACGCUAAACAAAUAAAUAAACAACAGACCACCCAAGUGAAUGGACAGGGUGGAGCCCAGGUUCUCAAGCAAGAGAGUGUCUUUGUAAAGGGACGGGUCGCUUCCAAAGUGAACCAGCAAGAGAAUGUACAGGUGAAGAAACCGGAGGAAACCCAGGUGAGCAGCCAAGUCACUGCUCAGCUCAAAAUCCAGAAGUGUACCCAAGUAAAUGUGAAGUUGGCCACACAGACAAUCGCACAAGAGGUGCAGCCCAAGAAACCGUCCAUGGCGUCCCUACCGGUGGGCCGACCCCCACCUCCACUCAUCAACCUGGAGCCUCUGGUUGUGAAAAGCAGCGGGGUGUAUGACGAGGUGCAGUCCAUGGAGGUCAGCCCAGUUUCCAAGGAGGAGCUCGUCUCCAUCCCAGAGUACUCCCCAGUCAAUGAGGUCCAGCACAAUGGCAUAAGUAAUGCCCGAGCCCUGGAAGAUCUGCUGGACCUAACGGGCCAUGUGGCCUACCCCAAACUCUCCCCCAUGGGAAGCCUAGGAGACUGCAACAAGAACCUGAUCGAGGGGCUCUGCAGCCCCGGUGCCGAUUCCAAGCUCAUCCAAUCUCAUCCUCCAGCCUCACACAAGUUCAACAUCCAGUAGUCCGGUACAUAAACAUUUAUAGCCCUGGACUGGCAAGCCAUGAUGGAGAGAGCAGGGGGAAAGCAUCUAUGUUGUCUGGUGUUAUUGAGGAUGGAAAUCUGGCACCUCUUGAGAUGAGAGCGAAAGCACUCUGAAUGUAGUUUUUGAUCCUCCUUGUUGGUCUCCAACCUUGAAUGUCCAUUAACCUUCAACCUCCUACAAUACAUCUGUCUUUAUAGCCUUGGACCACGGAGCAUAAGUGACAAUAAUAUUCAUAGAUUUACUGUACUUCUCAGAUAAUACCUUGAUGAUAGUCAUAGCUAUCUGUGUCAUGUCAUGUACUGCAUAGAGCUGUUGUUAGUGUCUGAAACGUGUGUGUGUGUGUGCGUGCGUGCGUGCGUGCGUGCGUGCGUGCGUGCGUGCGUGCGUGCGUGCGUGCGUGCGUGCGUGCGUGAGAGAGACUGUCUCAAUGAAACAAAGUGCCCAUGAAGCAAGACCCCACACCCAUGUAGAGAAUUAUAUCAGUAAGUUGCCUUUGCUACUGCAGUAUUGGUCCUCUAAUGACAGGAGUAUUGUUCCUUUAAUGAUUGAAAGAUUAAUACUGGUCUGUAUCCACCCACUGUAGUUUAGUAUGUACUGAUCUUUCAAUUAGAUUGUUCCACUGAAAAGUCCACCGUUUUCUGGCUGUGGAUGCCUCAGGUUAGCUUGUAUCUCCCUGGACAUAAUUCACUCCCAAAAGACUCAAGCUUGUUGUCAUAAUGUAUGUGUCCAACCUGCUGUGCGAUUGGGAUUGUAGCAUGUGUGCCAUAAUACUUGAACCCAGGUCAAACAGUAGGCCCUACUGCAACUCAAAAGUCAAAAUAAAGAAGCUGUACAGAAACAUUCCUCAGUAUAAUCCAGAUUGUCACCAACCCAUGCAUUGCAGGUUUUGUUCUCUCUUUCCUCCUCGAUCAACAAAGUAUGGAGCUGUGCCUGAUCCUUCAAAAGUCUGAAACCAGUAAGCUGGUAUCAUUUGAAUGUUAAAUGGCUUGUAAGAUGGAAUCCAGUUGGCUGUGUUGUCAAAAUGAAGUACUUUUGGUGUGUAUAUGCACAGAUGUGAGUGGACAGUCACUGGCUCCACUGUGACUGUAUUGUGUUUUGAGAAAUAAUGCACCAGAAGAAGGCAAGAUUUUUUACUUGAAGUCUAAGCAACCAGGGAUGUAGAAAAUCAGUUUUAAAGAGAAAAAAUGCUAUUAACAGUUCAAACCUACUGUGUCUGUCGUAUCUCUAACUAAAGCAGCAUUGCAACGAAUAAAAAAAUGUGACUAUUGUAGACAUUGUGCAUGGGUCAUUAGCAUGAGAUGAUAAAUAUCAGUACUAUUAAUAAACCUUAAAACAAUAA